GGCGGAAGUAAACAAGAAGAAGCUAGUAGCGUUAGCCUCCAGGAUUCCAUCUGCAUAUGUUCGGGUAGAAAACAGUUUUUGCUUUGAGCUGAAUAUUUCACUGACUACAUUAACAAUAUCUUCGGUUCCUCAUCAGAGAGGAUUAAUCAGAUCGACUUCCUGCUGCUGGAGAAAAAUUCAGCAGCUUCGUCCGUCAGGAGGAAGAGAUCGAAACCCAAAUCACCUCGGAAUCAACUGUUUGUUAAGUUUACGGCUCUGAAUGAACUAACACUGGAAAACAGAAGAUAUGAUCAAGGAACUAGUUAAUACCGCGGAGGAAGCAGGACAUGUCCGUGUUAUCAGCUCGAUGCAGCAACAGCAGCCUGACAGAGACCAGUUAGCCUCCAAGCUAAUUGAGAACAAGAAGAAAUGGGUUUCUUCUUAAAGAGGACAAAAAGGACGUCACACAGUAACUACUGGACAUUUAUUGGACUCUGAAAUGCUACCAGCUCUUUCUAUCCUCUAACGCAUCAUGUCUGUCACUACAUGGGAGGUUCUGGAGGACAACUUUCUCAUAACCAAAGAGAGAAACCUAACUGUUGGUUACAAUACUCCAAACAUUGCACAGAUAAAAGUGGAAGAGGAGGAACCAGAACCUCAGCAGAUGGUUGAGAAACAGGAGGAACCAGAACCAAUCAAAGAAGAACAGGUUGAACUGAGGAUCUCCCAGGAUGAAGUGAAGCAGGAGACCAUGGUGACUCCUGCUGAUGAGGAAAUAUUCCACUCUGAGCAAGAACUGCAGCAGAUGAUGGAGACAAAAGAGGAACCAGAACCCUCACAGGUGAAAGAGGAACCAGAAGAACCAGAACCUGUGAAGGUUAAAGAGGAGGAGGAUGAUCUCUGCAGUGAUCAGGAUGGAGGUCAGCUGGUGGAGAAGCAGGAGGUUAACACCUGUCUGGUGACUCCUGCUGAUGAACUUAAGGACAACAGAGAGCCAAACGAGGACCAACUUCUGUUUGAGAAGUGCCUUAAAGCUGAGGACCAGCAUCAGCAAGGAAGCAACACGGGAGGAAACAACUCAAAACUAAAAGCACCUAAACUAAAUAUACCAUCCUGUGAAAUAUGUGGCAAAUGUUUCACUACAUAUAAGUACCUGACUGAUCACAUAAGAACUCACACAGGUGAGAAACCAUAUGCUUGUGAACUGUGUGAUAAAUGCUUUGCUGAUUGUAGUGCCAGGGCCAAACAUAUGAAAACCCACACAGGUAGGAAGCCUUAUCGCUGUCAAGUGUGUGGAAAAUCAUUCAGCCACUGUAGUAACUUAGCCAGACAUAUGAGAACACACACAGGGGAGAAACCAUAUUCUUGUGAAGCAUGUGGUAAAUCUUUUCGUCAUGGUAAUACGAUGGCUCGACAUAUGAGAACCCACACAGGUGAAAAACCGUAUACCUGUGAAGCGUGUGAUAAAUCCUUCAUACAGCCCAGUGAUUUGACCCGUCACCUUAGAAGUCACACAGGUGAGAAGUCUUUCUCCUGUCUGACGUGUGGAAAAGGUUUCACUAGACAAUCCUCCUUGGCUGUGCACAUGAGAACCCACACAGGGGAGAAACCCUACUCUUGUAAAAUGUGUGGAAAGUCUUUUAGAUAUAGCAGCCAUUUGAGUCGUCAUGAGAACUCACACAGGUGAGAAGCUUCUCUCAUGUCUGGGUGGUGGAAAAGGUUUCAGGGACAAAAAAUACCUUGACUUUAGCCACAAGAUUUAAUACAGGGGAGAAACUG